AUGCACUCCGCACCCAUCGUUGCCGCCGGCUUCGCGGCUCUGGCGCAGGCCGCCUCACCAACCGUCUCCGGAACCCCUGAGGGCUUCGCUGCCUCGGUCACCGGUGGUGGUGAUGCCGCCGCGGUCACACCUACCUCGACUGACGAGCUUGUCUCCUACCUCACCGACUCCGAGGCUCGCGUCAUCGUGCUGACCCAGACCUUCGACUUCACCGGAACCGAGGGCACGGCAACCGAGUCCGGAUGUGCUCCCUGGGGAACUGGCUCCGCUUGUCAGCAGGCCAUCAACAAGGACGACUGGUGCACCAACUACCAGCCCGACGCGCCCACCGUCGAGGUCACCUACGACAAGGCCGGUCUGACCCCCAUCGAGGUCGCCUCGGACAAGACAAUCCUCGGCUCUGGCACCUCCGGAGUCAUCAAGGGCAAGGGUCUCCGCAUGGCCAACGGCGUGCAGAACGUCAUCAUCCAGAACAUCCGCAUCACCGAGCUGAACCCUCAGUACGUCUGGGGAGGUGACGCCAUCACGCUGGCCGGCACCGACCUGAUCUGGAUCGACCACGUCACCACCGACAAGAUCGCCCGCCAGCACAUCGUCCUGGGCGAGGAUGCCUCCGGCCGCGUGAGCAUCACCAACAGCAACAUCGACGGCGAGAGCGAGUGGUCCGCCACCUGCGACGGAUACCACUACUGGAACAUGUACUUCACCGGCUCCAACGACCAGAUCACCUUCAAAAACAACUACGUCCACCACUUCUCCGGCCGUGCCCCCAAGCUCGGAGGCAGCACCGUCCUGCACGCCGUCAACAACUACUGGCACGAGUCCAGCGGCCACGGCUUCGAGAUCGGCGAGGGCGCCUACGUCCUGGCCGAGGGCAACGUCUUCGGCGACGUCUCCGCCAUCUACGAGGACGGCGACGCCACCACCGCCUACGUCGUCAACGACCCCUCCAUGGAGUCCGCCUGCUCCAGCGCCCUAGGCCGCAACUGCGUCUCCAACAGCUACGACAACUCGGGCACCUUCGUCAUGACCGACAGCUCCGUCCUCGACAAGUUCAGCGGCGCCGACGGCAUCGCCGAGGCCGGCGCCGUGGCCGACGUCGCCGGCCUGUCCAGCUCUGCUGGUUACGGUACCCUGUAA